CUGCUUCGGGCUCGUUGGGCGCCGCCACCACCGCGGAGGGAAGCCGAUUUCUUCCUCAUGCUCUUGCGACACCCUCGCCGGCGCCGGCGCCGUUGGCCUCCUCCCUUCCUCUCUCUCCCUCUCUUUCUCUCCGCCGCCCACAGGACCAAGAGGAAGCUCAUCUUCUUCGUCCUAGCAUUCCUCACCAACGCCGCCGGCAUGAGGGAUCGACACCAGCAUCCACAGCUGUGCUCCGACCACGCUCUUACUUGUCUCCUCGUCGCAGCGGCCGACCAUCACCGCCGGUGAGGCAUGCCCCUGACUCUCCUUCCCGCCGAGCUAUGGACGCCUCCUUUUCUUCAAGCCGCCGCACACCUUCUCCUUCCUCGCUGAAGGCCAUGACCGCACACUGCCGAGGUCGCCGCUGCAUCUCUCUUCACUGAUCUCCUUCGCCGCCUCGCGCCCAAGGGGUGCUUUUGCUGCCUGCGGCUACAUCCAGGGUGGAAGCAAAGCUUCUUGAUCCUUUGCUACUGCCGCCGGAUAGACCCGCCGACGACGAGGGGACCCCCUCCUCCCUUAUCCUCCGACCUCGAUGCCUCCCUCCGCCCCUGACGACGGUGGAGGUUGCCGUCUAUGCCUCAAGCAGGCGUCCACGCCUCACGCCAUAGACACCGUUGAUAGCACAGCAUAGUAGCCGCCGUUCUCGUCCGACUAGCCGCUGUCCGAACGCUUAGGUUUGCCUGCGAUAGCCUUCGAGUCGGGAUAGUGCUCAGCCAGCGAGCCGAGGGGGUUCCGGCCAUCGAGCCGUUGGGUUUUACUCUGUGCAUCUUUAUUAUGAUUAUGAGCUAUUUGUGCUAUCCGGCCUGCGUGCCGCGUAUCGGCCUGCGAGCCGUUAUGUCUCAACCUACAUGCCGCAUUCCGGAUCCAAGCUGCAUCGGAUUCCGUGCCGCCACCAUUAGAUUUGACUUCUCAGCGGAUUCACACCCAUCUACUUGUCACGACCGCGACGACUUGAUCAGCACCACGACCAGCUCACUCAUCCAUCCGAGGGCGCCCCCCUGGGCCAGGGUAAGUUCUCGUACUCGGUAUCUGUUCAUUUUAUUGCUAUACUAUUAUGCGAUUACUUAUAUGUCUGUGGGAUUCGCCUCGAGCACCGAGGUACUAGAGACCGGGGGAACAUGGUCGCUGGAUGCAUGUACAGUUGACCGGAGGAGGACUUCUGACGAUUUGGUCAACGCAGCAGACACAUCAUCAACCGGGUCAUGGGGAUGCGGUCAACCUUCCAGACACGUCAUACCGGCAGUAAGUUACUGUUCUUACUACGGAAGGAAGCUGGACCCUGAACCUGGGCGGUGUCGUCGCACCGAUGGGAAGAAGUGGAGGUGCUCAAAGGAUGCGCAUCCUGACUCCAAAUAUUGCAUACAUCACAUGCACCGAGGUCGCAACCGUUCAAGAAAGCCUGUGGAAUCACAAUCUAUCUCCCAAUUACAGUUAUCUUCAUCAACUGGGACCACCACCUCUCCCACUGCAGGGUCCUCCAUUCCCCAGCAUUCUAUUACAGAACGUAGCAAUACGUCAAGUUUGUUCCUUGGUUCCUCAAGCUCCUUGCAGCUGCAUAUGGACCCUGGUCCCUUAGAGAGCAGGUACUUGUCUAGUACUAAACCUGGAAUGGCUGAGCAUACUUUCCUCACUGAAACAUCUGGUUCUGCAAGGGGUCAAGGGAUCUAUGGCAUUGACAACUUAUGGCACUUGACAUCUCCUCGAGUAUCUUCAUGGCCUUCGACAAAAUUUAGCACCCCUUAUUCUGUGCAAACUACUUACCCUCAAUUUCCAGUGGUGCAGCAUCUCAGUCAGGCAACCCUCAGCCCAGUAUCCAGACAACAGCAUUCUUUCAUUAGAAGUGAGGAUGAUGCACCAGCAACGACAAAACAUGAGGGUCAGUUCGUGUUGCCUUUUUUUAAUGAAUGGCUGAAGACACGGGAAUCUUGGUGUAAUCUCGAAGAGGAUAGAUCCAAACUAGCAUCCAUCUCCACAACCCAGCUCUCAAUGACCUUUCCAAUUGCUGCCUCAGACAUAUCUACAUCCUCUUCCAAAUCCUCCAAGAGUGAGUCUGCAUCCAGUCACACUGAACCCACUUAAUAUGAUUUGACUCAGCUUCGUUGAGGAUGUGUAGCUCUUGGUUAUGACUGACAACCAUCUAAUCAGAAUGUGCGUCGGAUUCAAUGAGUUAUGAAUUGCUUUGAGAAAGAGCAGAGCUUGUCGCUAGUACGUUGUCGUCUUUCUUGUUAGGUUUAGUUAUAAAAUUUGCUGUCGGGUUUUGUUGUUACAAUUUUGCACUGAACUGCCUCACUUUAGGUUUAGCUAUAAAAUGAUGCAUUCAUGAAAGUUGUUUGGUUCCGGAUGUUUUUUAGCCAUCCAA